GAUCCCGGAAGUGAUAGAACGGCCGGUUGGGACGGCCGAGAAUCCGAGACGAGCGCUACCUAGAGCGAUGCGAAGCUGCAAACGAAGGCGACAUGGUCGGAUCAGGACGAAGCGGAGGACCACAACCGUACAGCCCCUGUACCACCCACAGAUUCCGCCAGUCUGGGGAAGGCCUCGGCGGUGUGUAUGGAUGUGGCUGCUGACGCUGCAGCUGUCCCUGGUAGUGGACGAAUGGACGCACAAGCGAUACGAAAUCGUGGCGUUACCGCUCGUGGACGCAGCCGAACAGCGGAGCCCGGAGGCCAAGUUCUGGGACUACGACGACGGAGUGCAAAACUAUCUAAUGCGGUACGGGUAUUUGGAGAAGUCGAACAUCGAGACGGGAAACCUGCGGACAAUCGACGAGCUACAGCAAGCCGUGCGCAAGCUGCAGAUGUACGGCCACCUGGAACCGACCGGAACGGUCGACGAGGCCACGCUGGAGCUGAUGCGGAAGCCUCGGUGCGGAGCACCCGAUGUUCCGGACUCGCUGGACUUCCUGCCAUCGAACGACCGGCGGCUCGGGAAGCGCCGGUUCCGCCGCUACGUGAUCCAGGGCCAGAAGUGGCAGAAUUCCGUCGUCACUUGGAGGUAA